AUGAGGCAGUUUGUAUGUAACAAAAAUGGAUUAAGAGACAAGAAGCACUUGGCUAGGUUAGAUAGGGAAAGAGAACACCGAUGUACAACCCGUACUAGUUGCAAAUCUAGGCUCCGUGUGCAUUACAAUAAGAAAAAAGGGAAAUAUGUUGUGUCAUUUCUUGAAGAGGCUCAUAACCAUGAAUUAACCCCGACAAAGUUUGUGCAUUUACACCCCGGUUACCAUCAAAUAUCUGAGGCAAAUAGAGCUCAAAUUGGCAGUCUUCAAUCACAUGGUAUCAAAACGUGUCAUAUAAUGGGGUACAUGGUUGCUCAAAAGGGUGGAUAUAAUGAUGUUGGUUUUACAAAGAAAGAUUUGUACAAUUAUUCCGACAAAAAAAUGCGUGAUGUUAUUAAGGAUGGUGAUGUUGAUGAUGCCUUAAAUUAUCUCAAAGUGAAAUCAUCUACGGAUCCUAUGCUUUAUGCAGAAUAUUGUGUCAAUAGUGAUGGAAGAUUGAAGUCACUUUUUUGGGCAGACGGCGUUAGUAGAUCGAACUAUAUCUGUUUUGGUGAUGUUCUUGCAUUUGACACAACUUACAAGAAGAACAAAUAUAAUUAUCCCUUGGUUAUAUUUUCUGGUUGCAACCACCACUCACAAUAUUCGGUGCUGCAUUGGUGUCGGACGAAACGGCAGAGACGUAUAAGUGGUUGUUGA